AUGGCUUCUAAUCAAUAUGGCGAGAAUGAGAUGGAAACAGAGUAUCAGAAUAUGAAUAUGGGUGAAGAUGAGGAUGGUUUUCUCAUGUAUGAAGGUGAGACGGAGGACUUGGAGGAAUUUGAUGAUCGCUGGUGUUUAGUGGGCAGAUUUCUCACAGAGAGAACAAUAGAUUUUCAAGCAAUGCAACAUAAAAUGGCCUCUUUAUGGAGACCGGUGAGGGGUUUAUUUGUGAAAGAGCUUGAUCCAAAUCGUUUUUUGUUCCAAUUUUAUCAUGAAAUGGACAUUGAGAGGGUAAUUGAAGGCAGCCCCUGGACGUUUGAUAGAGUUCCAUUAGUGUUUGAGAGGUUAAAAAGUGGAGAUAACCCAAGGAUGGUGGUGCUUAAUCACCUGGAUUUCUGGGUUCAGUUGCACGAAAUGACUUCGGGAUUUAAAUCAGUUACGGUGGUGAAAGACAUUGGCAAUUACAUAGGAAAGUUUCAAAAAACUGAUCCUAAUGAUUUCAAAGGUGUGUGGAGGGAUUAUCUUAGAGUCAGAGUGUCUGUUUGUGUGGAUGCCCCGUUGAAGAAACGUAUGAGGUUACAGAUGAAGAAUGGACCGAUUUGCAAUGUUAAGUUUAAGUAUGAAGACUUAACCACGUUCUGUUUCGUCUGUGGCGUUCUUGGCCAUUCGGAACGGUUUUGUGAAAAAGCUUUUGACACGCCACCACAUCUCCUAACCAAGCCAUAUAACAUAGAGUUGAAAGCGGCGCCUUGUAGACGGAAUCAUACUAUUGGAUCAAAAUGGUUGAAACCAACAAUGGCGAAGAGAGAGGAGAAUCCAGCACCGUACGUUGGAAUUCCGACCAGUGUGCUCCGACCAUCUAUGGCUGGCAAUCAAGGAUCUGUAAUUGGAGGAAAUCAUGGGGAAAAUUCUAUAAUAUCUGAUGGUGAUAGAGAGAUUGUUGCGGAGGAAAUCAGGAGGGAGAUUGAUGGUAGUAAGGAGAGUCAAUUGGGGGUAUCUAAAAAAGGAAAAACUAUUAAUGAGAGUUUUAUGGGGGGCGAUAUGGAAGAGGAUGCUGUAGUAAAUAUUAUUGAUUUAAAAAGGAGGAGAUUUGAGUGUGAAGGAUUAAUUGGGCCGAAUACUGAGAAUGUCAAUGUGGGCCAAAGUAGUACUGUUGCUGAGGUGGAGGAUAGAAAUAUGCUAGAGCAAGAAGAUGGCAUUUUCCAAAAAAACUUAAAUGGGGCGGGUACUGUUUUACAGGCCCGCCAAGAAUUAUGA